CUGACUGGGCUAAGGUGUGGAGCCGAGGACCUGCACGGACAUCAUGACUGAGCGCUGGGCUGCGUGACCAUGGCCAGGGAGCUGAGCCAGGAAGAGGUGCUGGAUUUCUUGUGCCAGGGUGGAGGGAAGGUGCCCAAUGCCUCGCUGCUGGCUCACUUCAAGCUCUUUCUGAGGGACCCCCAGGCGCCCACAGAGCAGCUCCUCAAGCGCCGGGAGAGGUUUAAGCGCUACGUGAACUCCGUGGCGGUGGUGAAACCGGAGGGAGGCGUCAAGUAUGUGGUGCUCAGGAGCCGGUACCGCGAUCUGCUGGGAGAGGACUUGUCGCAACCAUCGGCUCCUGUAAAGAACGAGCAGGUUGUUCCCGCCUUGCCUCAUGGAGCUCAGGUACGUGAUGGCCUCCACAGCAAUGGACUUGGCCACCAAGGUGCACAUGCUGAUCACCAGGACCUGCAGGCUGUAGUGCUUAUCUCAGAUGUUGCUCAUGGGGCUGUUGAGAGAAACACUUGGGAUGCCACCUCCUAUAAGGACCCUUAUACCCAUGAUCAUGAAGUUAAAUGUCAGGAGACAUCUCAGUGGAGUUUUCAGGCUCCUAACCCUGAUUCUACUUCAUCCUGCUUCACAUCAUCACCAGCCAGCAACACCUCUUCACCCCAAAAUAAUGCCUCUUCGCUGCACAGACGUCCAUCCAUGGAGUACAGUAAGUCCAGUCCAAUAUUUAUCAGUGCUUCACCACCUUCAGACAAGCAUCACCAACCCAUUAAUAACUACCUGCCCUCCUCUAAGAGCUGCUCACCUGCCAGCAGGAACCCGUCUUCCCUACCCAGAAGUCCAUCCAGGGAAUACAGUAAGCAAAGUCCACCAGCCAUCAGAGCUUCACCACCUUUAGGCAAGUCCUACCAUCAGCAACCUAUUAAUACCUACCUGACCACCUCCUUACCAGCCAGCAAGGACUCUUCACCUUCCAACAAGAGCAACUCCUCUUCAAACCACCCAUACCACAACCAAUCUUCCUUGUCUUCCCCUGCAGGAAGCCUUGACAUUCCUGAGAUUCCCUCCCAGCUUUCUGUUGGACACUUUAAAGUUCCUUCUGUAGGACAGAAGAAAACCGAAUCUUCCAAUCCUGCUAUUGCAAAUUAUACCAUCAUGGACCAGGAGGUACAACAACAUGGAUAUUAUGCCUGUGCUGAGUUGCCCUUAUCACACUUCCACUUAAAUGGAAUUUUUUCUCCAAAAGAGCACAAAGACUAUUCUGACCCUGUACAAGAUAAGGAACAAAUGCCUAGUUUUUAUAAAGAGCUUCCACCAUUACCACCUUCUUCCAGGUACAUAGAUUCACCACACCCAUCCCCCUCCCUACUGUUCCCACAUGAAUCAAGCAUCACUCCUCCAGAUGUUCAGCUGGAAGAUUAUCAUGCAGGCAGUCGCAGCCCAUCUCCCCCACUACCUCUCUAUGACAUACAUGAGAUGUGGAUGUCUAAAAUGCCAGUCUUUAAAAGCAUCAGAUGCCAGCUUUCUUUGCAGGAUAUGGAGGACUUUGUCGAUCAGGAAAGUUGUGGAAGUGAAGGGAGUGACAGUGGUGAAGGGGCUGACUGUGACACUGAGCACAAUAUUGAUGAGGACCCCUCCAGUGACUCAAAUAAUGACAAAUAUGUACAUUGCAUUGAAGAGAAGUGUGAGAACACUAGGAGAUGUCCACCUAGUAGGAAGUUCCUAAGCAUCACUGAGCAGUAUGAUAAAUUGAAAAGUUCAGCCCCCCUUGAAAUGAUGGACACUGUAGCCAUAUGUGGAGUAGAAUCUGCUGGAUCUUCGCUAGCAACUAUUGAAUACAGUAAGUCUCCAUAUGCCACAAAGUCUUUCCUCACUGACCAAGCUCCUGUCUUGUUUGCAUUGGCAAGGAACCCACCAAGGCACAAAAUGAGUUCUCGUAUGCCGGAAGUAAUGUCGUCUUCAGAUGAUGAACUAAUUGAAAGAGAUUAUAAAAAGAGGAGGCGUCCAUCACGAUCUAAAAGACCAUCUAAUAUUGGGCUGGUGCCUCCACAGCCAGAUGUAGACUUGCUUCUAACAGUGAAGCCUGUGAGCUCCAAUCAUUUUAUUAUGUAUGAUAUUGACGACCAGAAAUCUCUUCAUGUACAAUAUGAACCUAAAGUCAAUACAGAUUUUAGAAAGACUUUUAAUAGUAAAUCUUCCACUGUUGUUCCCUUGGAUUCAACGGAGCACGACUGGUUUGUUAAAUCGGCUACUGGGUCUUGGCUUCAAGUGUAUGGAUUGUUCAUUGAGGACCCAAGUUUAGCAUUACGGAAAGACUUCAUCUCUGGCUUUACAGCUCUUCAUUGGUUUGCCAAACAUGGUGCUGCUGACAUGUUCCCCAAGUUGGUAUCUGGUGCCAAAAAGGCUGGGAUUCAACUGGACCUUAAUGUCAAAUCCAAUGGGGGAUAUACGCCUUUACACAUAGCUGCUAUCCAUGGGCAUCAAAAAGUAGCGUCCUUGUUAGUAGAAAAGCUCAAUGUUAAUGUGAACUUAAGGGACAAUAGUGGUAAGAGGGCAUGGCAGUACCUGAGCUGCAACACUUCUGGAGAAGUUUGGCACCUUUUAGGAGCACCUAAGGGGAAAACAAUAUUUGCAUCUCGUGCCUUAAAUAUUGCUAACACCGUAAACACACAAAACAAAUCCUCUCAGAUAAAUCGUAAGACUUCCUUAGCAGCUUUCCUGAAGCCACAGCAUCAGAAAUGGAAAGCAAACAAUCACCCUGCUUUGAGGGAAAGAGAAAUCUACAGUGACUAAGACAGAAAUAUGACUGUGAGGUUAAACUUUUCUUGAGCGUCCACUUGUUUUGUGGACCUGUUGUCUGCAUACAGUAGAUAUAUCCACUGAUUAAGUUAUACUGCUGACAUUACAAGAUGUUACAUGAUUAAUAAGGUUGUCCUUCUUUGCUGAGAAUUGGAAACCCCAACCUGUGUUACUCCAGUGAUUGUGAACCUACAACUUUAAGCUGGAGAGCCACACUUUGGAGACCACUGCCAUAGACAUUACAUGCAGCUGUAAGAUCUACCAAAGACAUUAGAUGUUUAGCAAGUCUUGCUAAAUUAUCUGGAUCUGCAGAGACACUUGGGAUGUCAAUGACUACCUAUAGGUCGCUAUGAAUUCGGACAGUGGAUGUUUCAUCUGUGUGUAGAGGAUAGGUUCAUUCAUUAACAGGUUUUAAUUAAAGGGCUAUUCUGACCAUAGCUAUUAAUGGUAUAUCCCACCUCUGGGUUCUACUGGACCUCAUUUAGGAAUCCUGUGGCAACUGAUGGUAAAGGGGAUAUCAUGUUGAGCUUCUGCUUUCUUUAUUGCAGGAACUAGUGCACCACUGUUUCCAUGAAUCCCAUAGACUACAAUGGAGAGAGCACUGCACAUGGUAUCUCCUUGUACCUGACCUACCCAUCACUCAUUUAUGACAGUAAUUGUAUGGUUGGGAUACCCCUUUAAUCAGAGUCUCUUAUUAAGUAAUGAGGGGAACACUGAGCUCCUGUAAUGCUCAGAUUAUUAUUUAUUAUUUUUUUAAUUCACAUCCUGAAGGUACAGUCCUGUGUAGCGGUGGCAGCUUGCUGGACAACCCAUGACCAUGUGAUUUUUGUAGAUAAAACUGGUGUCCGUCUAUUUAAAAACUUUGCAGACUCCAUGCAGGCAUGGUUUUUGGUCACAUGAAGUCACGCUGCAUGUUUCCUUACCCUGAGAGCUGGUCUCGGCAUUGUAACAGAUGGGGGAGCACCUUUUGUUCCCAUUGUCCUACAUGGCUAAGGCACAUGCAUAGAGACCAAUGUCCAGUGCUGGUCAUUACGGCAGUGUUCUUCUUUAAGGCCUCUUGCACACGAACGUUGUGUGCCCGUGGCCGUAUUGCGGCCCACAUACGGGGGUCCUCAAUGCACUGUGCAUCACGGAUCUGGACCCAUUCACUUGAAUGGGUCCGCAAUCACGGAGAAGCGGAAUGGGAGCACGGAUCGGAAGCACUACGGAGUGCUUUCAUGGGUUUACCGUCCGUGCCUCCACACAGCAAAAAAAAUAGAACUUGUUCUAUUUUUUUUGCGGUGCGGAUGGACCACGGAACCAUUCAAGUUGAAUGAGUCUCGAUCCGUCCCGGCUGCCGCACGGAUGUUGCCUGUGUAUUGGGGACCGCAGAACGGAAGAGGUUUAAGAAUCUGAAUUUUGAAUAAUUUUAUAUGAUAAAGUUUGAGCACAAAUGCGUUGUAUGUUGACCUCAUAUUGUCCAAAACGGAAGUCCCUUUAAGAGUAAUGAUGCACUUUGAUUUAUAUGGCGCUAUUAAUGCUGGUUGCUCGGAGCUGUAUCUUGGUAAUUGUUUCUGCCCCUUUAACAAAUAUUUUAUAAUGUCUCUUAGUCCACUUUAGAUCAAGCAGAGAAUUUAAUGCUGUAAUAUCAUGUACGUCAGAUGUGUCCCAUUUUCCUGCUUGGUGGACGGAGUGUUCCCAACAUCUCCACGGCACAUUGUCUAGUAAGCUUGAGCCAUUUAGGACGUCUAUAUCAUGCUGUGAUUCGCAGACCAAAGUCAACGUUUUUUUACUUUAUAAAUGCAGAGUUAGAAUAUUUUUGAUAGCAAUAAUAUUUUAGAGGUUAUUUUAGUAUGUGUUAAGGACACUGAUCUAAACGAAGUUGUCUCCGGAGACGUUACCGCCAUAUACUGUGCUUCUUAAUGUGAUGAGCUAGCUGCACUUACAUGGGGGGAUAAUAAAACUUAAAAAAAAUUAAAUAAAUAAGUUCCCCUGGAAAACCAUUUUAGAUUGGGCAGUUUUCAAUGUGUUUUUUAUGCCAAGGAGUGGAUAGAUAAGUAAGAAGUGUGAGUAUUUCCAUCUUCAUACCCGUCUUUAGAGGCCAGCGCAUCCAGCAUAGCAAUAACUAUCCGCGCGUGAACAUAGGUGACUGUUUCACUUAUAUUCAAAUCUGGAUGUCUUUUUCCUUUGUGUUG